UACCUUUCCCAUAUUGCACUGGUACGCAGCAGCUCCUUGACGUUAUGCUGACACUUUGCCCAUCGCGGAGAACUACCCAGCAUCUCCUCACGGGGAGUAGUCAAAUGCAGAACAAAAUGCUUUGAAAUGUCUUUCGGAUCAUUUGUGUUUUCCCUCUGUUUGCAAUGAAGGAGAAGGUCUGGGACGAUGUGGAUGUUGUCGUGUGCUGCACCGGAAUACGGGCCUCUAUUUUGAGAGAAAUGCGGAGUCUUUUUCGCCGGAGGUGUUAACGCAGAAAAAUAGAAGAUGAAGAAGCAAUUCAAUCGAAUGCGACAGCUCGCCAACCAAACUGUUGGCAGGGCGGAAAAAACCGAAGUUCUGAGUGAAGACCUGCUACAGGUGGAGAAGCGUCUGGACUUGGUGAAGCAAGUCUCUCACAGCACACAUAAGAAGCUCACCGCCUGUCUCCAAGGACAACAAGGGACGGAUGUGGACAAGCGAUCCGUUAAGUCCCCCUCGAAAAAGCUGCCCCUUUCCACACUGGCCCAGUGCAUGGUGGAGGGAGCCUCAGUCCUGGGAGACGACUCCCUGUUCGGCAAGAUGCUGAAACUGUGUGGAGAGACUGAGGAGAAACUGGCCCAAGAACUCAUCCUCUUCGAGUUCCAGAUGGAGAGGGACGUGGUGGAGCCCAUCUACAUGCUGGCUGAGGUGGAGAUUCCCAACAUACAGAAACAGAGGAAGCAUCUAGCCAAGCUUGUUCUGGACAUGGACUCAGCACGGACAAGGUGGCAGCAAUCGUCCAAAUCCUCCAGUCACCCCAGCAACCUGCAGCCGAGCGGGGCCAAAGCAGACGCUCUCAGAGAGGAGAUGGAGGAGACAGCCAAUAGGAUGGAGAUCUGCAGGGACCAGUUAUCAGCAGACAUGUACAACUUUGUGGCCAAAGAAAUAGACUAUGCAAACUACUUUCAGACGCUUAUAGACAUUCAGGCGGAAUAUCACAGGAAGUCUCUGGAGAUUCUGCAGAGUGUGCUGCCUCAGAUCAAAGCUCACCAGGAGGCCUGGAUCGAGAAGCCGUCCUAUGGCAAGCCGCUGGAGGAGCACCUGAGCCUGAGUGGCCGCGAAAUCGCCUUCCCCAUUGAGGCCUGCGUGACCAUGCUGCUGGAGUGCGGUAUGCAGGAGGAGGGCUUGUUCCGAGUGGCUCCCUCUGCCUCCAAACUGAAGAAGCUGAAGGCGUCGCUGGACUGCGGGGUGCUGGACGUACAGGAGUACUCCGCCGACCCACACGCCAUAGCAGGGGCCCUGAAGUCCUAUCUCCGUGAACUCCCCGAACCUCUGAUGACCUCUGAACUCUACGAUGAGUGGAUUCAGGCUUCGAAUGUUCAAGACAUGGACAAGAGGCUCCAAGCCCUGCUGACGGCCUGCGAGAAACUUCCAGCGGACAAUUUAAACAAUUUCAGAUACUUAAUUAAAUUCCUCUCCAAGCUCACCGAGUACCAGGAUGCCAACAAAAUGACUCCUGGUAACAUUGCAAUUGUUCUGGGCCCCAAUCUGCUGUGGUCACAUUCUGAAGCGAACAUGACGGAGAUGAUGACCACGGUAUCCCUGCAAAUCGUUGGGAUCAUUGAGCCAAUCAUCCAGCAUGCUGACUGGUUCUUCCCAGGAGACAUUGCGUUCAACCUGACAGGCAGCUACGGUAGCCCUAUCCACACCAACCACAAUUCCAACUAUGGCUCCAUGCCCUCUCCCGACAUGGACCAAUCAGAUCGCAAGCAGCCGCACGACCAGAGCCGCCGCCCCCUCAGCGUCGCCACCGACAACAUGAUGCUGGAGUUCUACAAAAAGGACGGCAUCAGGAAAAUACAAAGUAUGGGCGUCAGGGUGAUGGACACGUCCUGGGUGAAGGGCAAAGGCGCGUCCACGCUCGCCCGGAAAGCCUCAUCCACGCCGCCCAGUGCUCAGCCGCCCGGGUCACCCGCCGACACCCUCGUCUUGGAGCAGCCCGGCGACCUGGCCACCUCUCCCACCCCCACUCCCACCCCUCCCCCGGCAGACAGGGUCAGCUCCGACGAGGUGUCGCCCCACCGACCGGACCCCUCACAUGCCUAUGUGCCCCACGGGGAGGAGCGGCCACCCCCUCCUUACCCAUGUUCUUCCUCUACCUCCCACGCCCCGCACCACUUCUACCCCAAACCCCCACCCUGCGCACGCCCCGUGGCCCCCGGUCCCGAGUCCCAGCCCCCCGACUCGCCCCCUCCCCCCUCGCGCUGGUCUAGCUUCGGCCCCCUCCAGCCCCAGCUCCCACCCCCAUCUUCGUCUUCCUCCUCCUCCUCGUCCUCCCUUGACAUCAACUCCAACCCCAAACCCAGCGGCCUGCACUUCCCCAAACACGGCCCCACGGGCGAGCUGCAGCACGCCGCCGCGCCCGACGCCAAUGCAUCCCCUCUCUAUGUUAAAACCCCGCUGGUGCUGACGCGCCACGAGCUGGCCCUCGCUAACCCCCCUAGCUUCCCCACCUCCGGCCCACCACCGUGGGCUGCCUGUCCGUGUGCCCGUGAGAGAGGACCCCCCAGGCUGACUAGCACCCUGAAGAGCAAGGAACUGUCGCCUGUGAUCGGCCACAAGGCUGUGCAGGUGACAGGACCAACUGUGCCCCCUCCUGGCGGCCAGCAGAGCAACAGCCAAUCACCACGCUCGGCCGAGCACAGCCCGCACACCCUGCGCAAAGGCUCGAAGAAGCUGGCCCCUGUGCCGCCCAAGGUCCCGUAUGGCCAGUCGGGGGCGAUGUCAGACCAGUCCACAGGUCAGCUGUCGCCAGUGAGCUUGUCCCCCACUCCCCCGAGCACCCCUUCCCCGUACGGCCUGGGCUGCCCGCCCGGGCCGGCACCCGCCUCCUCCCCUGGGCAGGCCCCGCUGGGCACGCCCCAUGCCCUUUCCUCCCCUCCCUCUCUGACCGGCACGCUCACCAAGUCGCGGCCCACGCCCAAACCGCGCCAGAGGCCCAGUCUACCUCCUCCGCAGCCGCCCACUGUCCCCCCCGCUGGCCCUCCGCCCAUGGAGCAGGGCCUGCUGGACGGAUUGUCCCCCGGGGAGAGCAUGUCCACAGCAGAUCUCUUUAGUCUGGAAAUCCCCUCCAUCAACGUCAACCUGGACAGCCUGCUGGACGAGUUCAGGGUGGGCGUACCCUGCCGGGUCUCCCGGCCCCUGGCCGACUCUCCGGAGCGGAAGCCCGCGACCGAGGAGGAGGGCCAGAGCACCACUCUGUAACCCCUGAGCCCAGCCAGCAGAUGCCCAGCACUGCCGAGCCUCCCCCGCCUUCAGCUGAGGGCGUUCGAAUGACCACCCGCCCCCUUACCCCGCCCCGCAACCUUCUCACACCUGCACCACUGGAGCUGGACCCCAACCCUCCCAACACACACCUGCUCCAACUUUCACACCCGCCAACGGCUAACAAGAACACCACCACGUCUUCUCACUGAUAAGUACACGCGAUAUGUAAUAACAUGCGCACAACUUGUGCCGUUGCAGAAGCAAGGCAGGGAGAAGCAUCCGAAUGUCACAGCUAGAGCGUGCUGUGUUUCUUGGUGGAUGUACCAUACUACCUAUGUUGUUUUCACGCCGAGCAGCUGUGGGGUUCUUUUCCCUUUUCUUCUUGUAUUCUCUUUCUCUCCUUUUCAGUUUGACUUAUUGGAGCCUGCAGUUAAAUUCCGAUACGAUGGACAUGUUAGGGUGUUUGCUAACUCCAAAGGAACCUCGUAUCCCUCCUUACGCUGGAAGGAUAAGAUCAAAACGCCCCCUUGUGGUCCAAGAGGGUAGUGCUUGCUUGUCCUUACAGGGGCCAAAGACAGCAGACAGGCUUCGAUUCCUGUAGAUUUACUGAAGACAUAAAGCAUGCAGAUUUUUUUCAGGCCUCAUUUUGGCUCUCUAGUUUCCCUCUUUUCUUUUCUCCAGCUCUCUCUGUUACUCUCUGUCUUUUUUUAAUCUCUCUGUUGUUCUAGCGUGCACGCACACGUAUAUAUACAACACUCAGUCAGUACCAUGACUCUAUUUCUGAUUCAAUGUUUAGAUUUGACGUGUGCACCGGUUUUAUCUAGCACAGCCUGACACUAUUUUGGAAGAUCCGUACUAGGCUAAAAACACAAUGAGAUAAGAGCUUAUAGUAAAUAUUUCUUGUUUCACUCUUAUAAAAUUUACUAGGACUUUUACAUUAAGGUCAGUGGUACACAACCCUUUACUGUUCACUCUUCCAGUGCCCAGACGUAAAACGCGUCACUUCCACUGGUCACUAAGGGUCAAAUCUGAUAUAUUUUGUGCCUCCCAUUCCAGCUACACUUUUGAGAAUUUAAGAGUAUUGACAGGUUCCGCUUCUGUGUAAAUACAAAGACUGUACAUAAAGACCUGUAGAUACGUGUUCACGAGAAGACAAAUGUAAAGGCAAAUAAUGAAUUAUAUAUUCAUAUGUGUGAUAUGCCAUAUUUAUCUUGUAUAGAAAUAAUGUUCUAUAAUAAUUGAGUAUUAUUUUGUCCCUAAAUCCUUGUUGCCAGAUUCACACAGAGAGCGAGCUUUUGCACUUUUGUAAGCCAUGAAUACUAACUAUAAGAAUAGGAAUGUGGAUAUCUUAAAAGUGGAGAUGGAGCUUAACCCUGGAGAAAUCUGAACUCCUGCAGGUCUCAUACAGCCUUAAUCAAACUUAACAAUAUUGAAAUACUUUACUAGUGAACUACAUUCAUCACUAGAAAUGAAGAAAUGUAAAUGUAUAAGAAAUGUAUCUAUUGUGUGCAACACUUUGUUUUAGAAAUUGGAGACGUUCUGAAUCUUUUGAGAGUAGAAUUGCUUUUGGAUGCAGUUGCAUUUUCCCAUAAAGAAAAGGAUGGAGGUGGCCAGUAUUGCACAAGUAAAGUUUAUCUAAACGAGAAUAAAA